AGAGAAGAAGUUAGAUUGUUGAUAUCAGAAAUCGAAUUGUUAAAAAAUCAAUUAGAAAUUAUUAAAAAUAUGAAUACUGAUAAUGAAAGAGACAUUAACGUUAAUGCCACCAACAAUAAUAAUGCUGUUAAUAUUGGAGCAGUUGUUGCUGAUACUGUUAAUAUUGAUAAUAAUAAUGAAGUUGAUAAUGAUAUAGAUAUGGAAGUAGAUUCUGAAGAUAUUGGUGAUAACAGCAUUAGUAGUAACAACAUUGAUGCUGGUAGUACCCAAAAUGAUAUAGUAGAAG